ACAUGUGCCUUGUUGUUACUGUAGAUAAACACAAGCUCAUGAAUCCAAUCUCAUGGGGAUUAUUUGGGAUAAACUAUGGGAGUAAUGGCUUGGCAGGCAUGGAUGGAUGAAUGCUACUCGUCUAGCGAAGCAAGGCAUCUGCACCAGCGGAGCUUGGCGUUGGCAAUGUUGCCUAACUUUGCCAGAAAAGGGCUGGGUGGCGAAGACCUGGAAAUGAACUUGAUUAUCAGAACAGUGCCGUUUGAUGCUAAUCGAAGGCUGAAAAUCCCGCUAGAAACUAACCAGAGAUGCUAUCUUGGCCACUAUCAUCAACUUGUAGCUAUAUUUAAUGCAAGGGUGGCUAGACAAGUUUCAUGGAUUUAGAAACUGUUGUAAAAGAUUAUUAUUUGCUUGGAGAAUCUUUCAACAUCUUGCACAGGGCUUGGGGAACUUACCAAAUCCUGUGCAAAUGUUGUUUUUGUCGGCUGCACUCAACCACCUCCCCAAAGAUGAGAUUUUGUAUGGCUAGGGGCAUUGUCAGAAAUAUACAAUUUCCAGUUUU